UAUAUAAACUCAGAGUCUGUCGUGUUCAGGACGACUCACAGAAUCUUACUUCUAAUCAGCAUCAGCUCCACAGAGACGGCGAGAUGAUCGUCACUACCCCUCUCGGUGUGUUCGUGUUCGUUACAGCGCUGAUCGUCGCUGAAGGCUCCUGGGGCUCCGAUAAAGGAAACUCAUACAGUUAUGACCUGUCGAAGAUGUCGGACCUGAGGAAGCUCUACAACUCUAAAGUUUAUCAGGCUGAUCGGAUGACACGCCCACUCGAGGGGCUGAGCUUCCAGGCAGGAGUACUCAGUCACUCAGGAGUCAGAGUGACUCUGGCAGACGGCACUAAGUGGUUGGUGCAUAAAGGAGACGGUUUCGGUAUUUCCUCUCAGACGGUGGUGGUGGACGCGCGACACAUGAGCAGAAGCUGGAAGAUCAGGGAGACUAAAAACUUCGGCGGCAGUAAGACGGUGUCGGAUUUUGUGAAAGCAGGAGGAACUGAUUACAGUCUGCUGUUCAAUAACUGUCACAAUGCCGCAGGGAGGAUGAUGGAUAAAUAAACACACUGAAAUACACACUUCUGAUUCAGUCACCACGCUAAACAUGCUAAACACGCUAAACAUGCUAAACACGCUAAACAUGCUAAACACUUCAUUUUAAUUUUUCCCUUCUGAUUGCUCAACACUUAAACAUUACAGCUGUUAUCGCAGAGAACAAAAAAUAAAAACAUCUGGAGUUUUUUGUC